AUGCCCCGCAAGAACACACUCAAAGUCCUCGGCAAUGCGAUCUCGAGAUCGAUCUCUGCCGCCAACCUUCCUAUUGGUACUUUCGCCGUCGGCGGUGAAGUCCCCAUCGAACCGGUAAACGCGGAUUCGAAAGCCAAGGACCAGAAGACAUCGACCAGACCCAUCGUCAUCCGAUGGGACGCACCGAGCACAUCGGUUUCUCAUAGUCCGACUCGCGUUAGCUUCCCAGUUACUUCGGACUCUGAUGCUAAGGGCUUGGAGCAACUGUUCAAGGAUUCGCAGCCUGCAACCUUCGGAAAGGGCGGCGAACACGUCUUUGACGAGUCUUAUCGCAAGGCUCAGAAGCUUGCAGCUGAAGAAUUCUGCACCAACUUCUGUCCUUAUGAGACUGGAAUCAUUGACACUGUCUGUCAGAUUCUUCUGCCUAGUGUCCGGACCGCGGAAGACUCGCGAGCAAUUCGCGCAGAGCUUUACAACAUGAACAUAUACUCGGGACCCUCCGGAAAGUUCAAACCUCACGUCGACACCCCCCGUUCAUCAUACCAAAUUGGCUCCCUUGUUGUCUGCCUCCCCAUGAAACACGAGGGCGGAAACCUCGCUGUCCGCCACCGUGGCCAAGAGAAGGUUUUUGACUGGGCCGAGGCUUCGGAUAGACAUGCUAUCCAAUGGGCUGCAUUCUACAGCGAUUGCGAGCAUGAAGUCUUUGAGGUCAAGUCGGGUCAUCGCGUCAUACUCACAUACAACCUUUACGCCACGCGUGGCAACGGUUUCCUCGCAGGCCAGGGCUCGGCGAUCAGCCCGCUUUCUUUGCCGCUUUACAACCAGAUCAAAGCGCUCGUCACGUCCGACAAGUUCCAGAAUAAGCAGCGCCUUCUCGGAUUCUACAGCGCCCAUGCUUACCCCCAUACCGACAAGGAGCAUGGGCUUCCAUUCUGUCUCAAAGGCGUCGACAUGGCAUUGUACGAGAUCUUCAAGAGCAUGGGCUUGAAAAUUCAUCUGUGUGCUAUUGUUGAGAAACCUUGCCGUUACGAUUAUGGAAGACCUGCGCCUCUCGACAAUGGACAAUUUUCUGAUGAUGAAGCAAAGACUUCGAACAAGUCGAAGAAGAAAGACUAUGAUUCUUACGACUCCGAUGAUACUGACGAUGAUGAUCCCGACUACGACCCUGAUAGGGUGGUCGGUUUUGUCCAUGAGACGGGCUCUUAUCAGAUGGGUGACGGCUACGGGAGCUACGAGGAAAUGUUCCAAGAUACACUAGACACGGAUAACCUGAGCUUCGACUCGGACAAAAUUGUCUGGCUAAAUCAGAAUAACGGACGCACCAGACUUCAAGUCCAUUACUUAACGUACGGAAACGAGCCUUCAACAGCGGAAGCUUAUUCCUAUUUCGCCAUGGUUGUCGAAUCUCCUAAGAAGAAGGGUGGUGCUCGCAAACCUGCCGAGAAAAGAGCCCGCUAA